UUCGCCUGUACCUCCUCCACGUGAAUUUCGGAGUUUUAACUAUGUUUAUGCUGCUUUUUUAAAUAAAAAAAAAAAAUUGUAUUUUUAUUUUAUACAAAUAAAGUAAAUAGAUUUAUUAUAAAAUUUAGUAUUUUAUAAAUGCUCCGUAUUUUCAAACAGUCUGGAAUAUUCACGAAUUACUGUAAUUUAUGCAGUAUUGUUUAUAGAAAAAUGUCUGCACAAGUAGAAAAUGCAAUUGCCGAGAAUCAAGAGAUUAUAAUUGAAGGUAAAAAACGACUUCAAAGUGAAGACAAUAAAUUGUCUGGAAUUGAUGAAAACACGGCCAAAAAGCAAAAAGUUGAACAAGAUGUUAAAAUAAAAAAACGUAAUUUUGCAUUAAUGUUGGGUUAUCUUGGUAAAAAUUAUUAUGGAAUGCAAAGAAAUCCUGGUAUGGCAACAGUUGAAGAAUCUUUAAUUGAUGCAUUACUUAAAGCAGAUCUUAUUAAUUCAGAAGCUUUUGAGACAAUACAAACUAUUCAUUUUCAAAGAGCAGCAAGGACAGAUAAAGGAGUAUCAGCAGCUAGACAAGUUGUUUCUCUGAAAUUACCGGAACAUGCAAAAAUGGAAGAUAUUAAUAAAUUUUUGCCAAAUGAUAUUCGUGUAUUUGGAUUGAGACGAGUGACAAAAGGUUUUAACAGUAAAUCACAAUGUGACGCGAGAACAUAUUCAUAUACACUUCCAACAAUUGCAUUUGUUGAAGAAAGUCCAGAAAUAUUGAAUAAACAAUUUUCCGAUGAAGAUGUUGUAAAAAGAAUAGAGGAAUUAUCGACAAUAAAUGGUAAACCGUACACUGAAUUUCGAAUUGCAAAUGAAUCAAUAGAAAAAUUACGAAAAGUUCUUCAAUUAUUUGAAGGAUCACAUAAUUUUUACAAUUUCACAUCAAAAGUAAAAUCUUUGGAUCCACGUGCGAGAAGAUUUAUCAUAAAAUUCGAAUGUUCUGAACCAUUUUUAAUGGAAGGUAUAGAAUUUAUCACAUUGAAAAUAAAAGGACAAAGUUUUAUGUUACAUCAAAUUCGAAAAAUGAUUGGUUUAACAAUUGGCAUUGUCAGAAAUGUUGUUACAGAAGAUAUUCUUGAUCUUGCAUUUAAUGGUGAUAAAAUGGAUGUUCCAAUGGUUCCUGGUCUAGGACUCGUGCUUAACAUUGUUCAUUAUGACUAUUAUAAUAAUAAAUUUGGAAAGGAUGGAAUUCACGAAACAUUGGAUUGGCUUGAAUGUGAAGAAGAAGUUCAGAAAUUUUUCAAUGACAAUAUUAUCAAGCAUAUUGUUCAAACAGAGAUUUCUGAAAAAUCAUUUUUAACAUGGUUGGGUAGUUUACCUCAUCACACAUUCUCUAAACGUGAGGAACAUAGAAAUGGCACGAGUAAUGAAUGUAACAAAAAUAAUCAGACUAAUGAAAAUAAUGAAAAGAAAAUUAAUGACGAUGAGAUUAAUGAAAGUAACAAAAAUAACGAAAAUAAUGAAAUAACUGAAAAAAAUGAAUCGUCAACAACAUAAAAAAAAAAAAAAAUGAAUAUUUCUCUAUGAGAAAGCGAAAAAAUUACAAAUUGUAUGACAAAUGCAAAUAUAUAUUUGCGAUAUAUCUAUAAA